CCCGAAAACUAACCGGUCUCGACCACUCACCGCAGUGCCGUCGAACGAUUUGUGCGAAACCUCCCUGGUUUUAAAUAUCAUCGUUGUUCAUACAUUGCACGGUUUAUCGCCAUUUUUGUCGUUCGUAUCCAUUCGUUUUUCGUGUGUUUCUUUGGCAUAUCAAAAUUGGAUAAUAUACUACACGGACGAAAAGAGAACUUCAUCACGGUCGCCGUGGAACGCGAUAAACUUCAUCCAAGAUAAGCGUACGCGUGUUAUAUGGAGGAAUUGCAGGGACGACGUGCGGUGGUUGGUUAGGUCAGGAGGCAUGACUGGAUCGUUGCGUCUAAGCGCCCUGCUGCUGCUGUUGCUGUCCCGCUGGGCGUCCGCAGACUUGGAGAAGGGUGAAGACGAGUUCGUGCGUAGCUGGGUCAUCAUCGAGGAACAGUUGGUGCCGCCGUCUAGGGACGAACUGCUGGCGGCUGGCGGCGGCGGUACUACCGGCGGUGGCGGGGCCGGUCGCCGGAUCACGCCCAAGUCGGUGUUCGUGGCACCCGCGUUUAACAAGUGUUCCGACGGUUAUCGGGCAGACAGCAUGGGCCGGUGCGUCAAGGUGGUCAAGCUCAACCAGGCAGCCCAGUGGGACUUCUUGUUGAAGCAGCUCAACUCGCAGUACAGCGCAAGUGGCAUGGGCGUUGGAUUUCCGAUGAUGCCGGCUGCUGCUGCCGUCUCGGCUUACCAACCUACGCCGUUGUCCACUACGACGACCGAACCGCCGCCGCAGCAGAAGACCGACAGCCCGGGACCAUUCCAACUGAACAUACCUCUGUCCGGUGGCGGCGUGGACUUGAACAAUCAUACGAUGGAAACCGUCGACGAGCUGACUACCAGCACCUCAAUGGUCGGCACCACUGUAGCUGGUACCACCGCAACGACAACGAACACGGCCAUCGCUACGAUCACAGCCACGGACGCUACCGUCACUGCGAUCACGGGUGACGACGGCGACGUCGCUGGCACCAUCGCUGAAGACACGGACGACCAGACUAUCACGACUGAUGUCCUAAUGGAAACCACUGUUACCGUGCAACCGCGACCAUACCGCAAUCGCUAUCAGACGCCACCGCCGCCGCUUGUCCAAGACGUCAGUGGCACUGUCACUCCUUCAUACGACUCGACGACAACCGGGACGGACACAAAGACAAAGUACGUCGACAACAGUAGAACGACGACCGUCGAGUCAGACGACACAUCGCAGACCAUCAGAAUCGACGGAGCCACGUUACCGUCAUCGUCGCCACCGCCUGCUGUUACCACUACCGCGGUAGAUGACGCGAAUACGGAAGAACCGACAACUGGUACAACGACGACGUCGACGACGACAGAAACCGAAGACGAGGACGUAGUGACAGUGUUAGCUGUAGCCGCUGCCAUGGACGGCGGUUUCGGCGCAGCCGGUAGACCAAGUACCCAGACGCGGGCACCGUCUACGACCAACCGGAUGCAGUCGACGACUGGCGGCGGACGGACGCAACAGCUGGCUGCAGACACAGCUACUCCGGAAUACUACGACGACCAACCGGAAGAUCCGACAUCAGCGCCGGUGCCGGAUUGUUCGGCCCCAAACUCUUACCUGUACUACACGGCGUGCUCAGACUUCCGGCAGCAACAGCUCCAGCAACAGCAACAACAGCAGCUUCAGCAGCAGCAGCUACUGGUUCAGCAGCAUCAGCAACAGCAGCAGCUUUACCAGCAGCAGCAGCAGUUCUACCAGCAGCAGCAGCUUCAGCAGCAACAGCAACAGCAGCAGCAGCAUAACCACGUAGCGACGGCGUUGGUCAAACAACGUCCGGUGGUCGGCGGAGGCGUUCAGAUCCGGUUUCCGGAAGAAAGCGAUCCGGCCGCGGUGGCGGACAACGCGAAUCUGAUCCGGUUCCCGGGACCAGCUCCGUACCGGACCACUAACAAGAUGUACGAAAGCAGCAGGCACCCUACGUGGUGGCCGACGGGAUGGCCAGAACAUCAGAAACAGCAGCAGGAUGACCCGGUACAACAGCAUCGCCGUCUCCACCAUUAUCUGCCGCAACAGAAACAGGAUGUCCGACUCUGGGAAUUCGGGUCUAGGUUGCCGAAGUCCACCACAACAACCACAGCCAUCCCACCUCCCCCAUCGCCAUCACAGUGGCUCCACAGGUUCUUCUGACGCGGACGAGACAGGCUGCUGAUUCGUCAAUGAUCGUAUAAAUACAAAUAUAAUUAUUUUAUACUACAAAACACAUGUACACCCUCAUCGUUUUAUUAAUAUAUAAUCUUAG